AUGAGAGACAUGAAGCUCUGGCAUGGCAUAGCGAUUGCAGCGGUGUCCCUUCUCCUCCAGACCUGUCUCCUCGCAGUCAUCAGCUACCUGCUCAGCAGGCACAUGGUCAGUCUGAUCCACCUUUUACCCAAGCUAUUUCUGGGUCCUAUCCCGACCCAGACCUUGAUAGACAACCUUGGCAAUGCGUGUGAGGAAGGUUUUGGGAGCUCCUCUGCCACCACUUCCUCUGUUGUGCUUCUCCUUCUUUCUCUGUGGGGCUCCGCACCACUUUUCCCACUCCUUCUCGCCUUGUUGGCUCUUCCCACCUUUGUCUCAUUCUCCCUCCUGUUGUCUCUAUUGUCUUUCAACCCCGCCCAGCUUUCUUUACCAGAGGAAUGGUUUCUUUUCUCCCCAGAUGACAGCGACACAUCCUCCGAUAGCUUGGACUACUCUAGCAGCAUGCCUCCCACCUGCCAGGCCACCAAGGAUGUGGAUUACACACAAGUGGCCUUUUUAUCCCCCAGAGGACUGAAAAACGUAUCUUCCCUGGACUAUGAGAACAUGACAGAGGCUACAGAUUAUGUCAAUGUCGACCCAAAAAGCCGCAAGCUCAAUCUCUGGACGUGCGUGAAUCCUGUUGUCUUCGAACCAGUGGAAUACUCUCAAGUAGCCAUGUGAAUUCCAGAUGUUUUAAUGGGACGCAGUUCUCUAUGGAGUCCUGAACUUUUUUGUUGCAUAAUUUCUUUCUUUUUUUCCUCCCUCCUACCUUCCUUCCUCUUUCUUUCUU